CAUCAUCCUCCCUCAGCAGCCAGCUUGUGCUCGCGUCCCUCCAAUUCCACGCUAUUCCUAGUCGCUGCUCGCCUCCAACCCCAAUUGCACCGACUGCCUCACCACCGGUGUGACUUCGGUCGACCCCGAAUUUUCAAUUGCGGCCCCCCCCCCCCCCCCCCCGCCCGGUUGGAAUCCCAAAAUCCCCUCGACCCUGUAACUAGCUAAUCCUGCUUGCUGUUCCCCGACCCAACUCCUCUUAUCUCUAUUGGAUGCUCUCACCGCCACCCCGCAAACGAGCUCCCUAGUUGCCACCCUCCACCUUCGGGCACUUUGCACGCUUGGUCUCCAUUAUUCUGAAAGUUGGCUUGGGCUGGCUCAGCAUCACCUCCCCUACCCUCGCAAUGGGGUAUUAGACACUUCCUGCGGGCACCUACAUCGCGAAGUCUCUGCCCAGGAGUCUGGAAGGCAGCUUAAUCCAGUUAUCUGUACUUUGCUUCCCUGCCCACCCAGCGUAUUCCUUCAAUAAAUCGACAUCUCCCCGCCGUUCACUCCCGUCGACCGGGUCCUCCUCCAUCAUCCACCCCUUGGCUUGUUUUCAGCCUACUAGGAUAUCAGCUGCCCUUUUUCUGGCGUGAUGUCUCAAAGAUCGAAUUCUCCUCCAUCUCCAACCAAGCCUCGCCGGCGACGCUCGUCUUUCACCGAGCUUUUCCAGAAGCAGGGCAACGUUGCUUCCCCAACUACCGGCUCGCAUCCUCGACCCAUCUACACCCCUGGCAGCGCCCGAACCCAGCAACAGCGGAGGAUGUCCCUUAAUACAUUGGGCCUUUCUGGUUCCCCCACCCAGAUGUCUCCAUUUGCAGCAGCUUCCAUGCGCCGUGGUAGUGUCUCAAGCUCUGUGAUGUCGACUUCACCGACAAUGGACCAAGCCGUCGUCGAGGAAGCCGAAGAGGAGACCCCAACGACGGCCCCUGCAACUCCUUUUGCUCGCCGCGUCUCGUUUGGAGCACCGGCAUUGCGUGGGAGCGGAAAUGGUACAUAUCACCCCCUGUGGAAUGCACGUUCCCGAAGAAAUCGAUCAUCGUCGCUGUUUGGCAACACAUCGCCCAACAGCGAUGGAGUUGUACCUAGCGCAACAGAAGGUUUCAAUUGGCCCGAGUCUCUCAGGGUAAAGGCGGAGCGCGCACCCUCACUUGGGAAUUUUCCUCCUACGUCCCCGACCCUACCGCAUGCGGGUAUGAUUCACCAACGUUCGGCUUCAAUUGCAGCCAUGGAGGCACCACCGCCCGAGCGUGCGGAGCUGCCAAAACAGUCCCAGCAUAAGUCGAGACCGAAGCCGGACUACUUCCAAGAGAAGAUCUUACGAGCCGACUUCAUGGACUAA